AACAACCCUAUGAUCAUGGCAGUCAACAAGACACUGUGCGUCAUUUCUAUGGAAUAUGCUGCAGACACACUCGCCACCAAAGAGAAGAUUAAGAUGAGGAAGCCAGUAGUGGAAAAGAUGAGGCGGGACCGCAUUAACAGCAGCAUCAACCAACUACGUAAACUUUUAGAGCAAGAAUUCCAGCUUCUCCAGCCCGACUCCAAGCCAGAGAAGGCUGAUGUCCUGGAAACCGCCGUUCAGUUCCUUAGACAGCAACAGAUCUGCAACCACCAGGGAAUGAAAUCAGUUCAUAGAACAGAUCACCAGCAAUACAGACACGGCUACUCCAAGUGCCUUCAUGAAGCCCUCUCCUAUCUAUCAGCCCAUCACACAGGGCAGGAGACUCAGGUUAAGUUACUGAAUCACUUUCACCAACUGGAGAGCCAACCAAGAAAUCUCAGCUGCCUCCUGUCACCUCCUAAAUCCAUCUCUGAGCGGGCAAAUCAACAGGAACAGCCUCUCAUCGCCAAUACCAAGUACUUGUGGAGACCCUGGCAGAAGAUCUGAUUGUCUUCUAAGAUCCAUGUCACAUUGAUAAGUGGCUGGGAUCUUCAAGAGACUGCUGUGAUCACAAGUGUCCCCUUGUAUUUUCCAUUUGAGGAUAAUAUGGAUGUCUGCUUCAUAAUGAAGAAUGAAUGAUGCACUUAGAUCAGGGAUCUCCAACCUGCAGCCUUCCGGCUGUUCCAAAACUACAACUCUUAGCAGGUCCUUAGACAGAGAUGUAGCUUUGAAACAGCUGGAGAGCCACUGUUUGGAGGCUACUGACAUCAAUGAGAUAUUAAAGGGUUUAACCUGUUGGAAAGCCCCUUUAUAUAUGACCUAUUAAGACAUAAUUGGGUCCCUUUAAUAGGACCCCCUCACUUAGCCAGACCAGAAACCCACUGCAAAAUGGGGUUGUCACUUUAAUGGCUGCUGAUUACACGAAUGACU